AUGGACCGGGUUCUGCUGCUCAGCCCGAGUAAAAUCCCGCUCGUGGGUUUAACCCGUCCACUUCCACCUAUUCCAAACUUUCUUUCUGAAUCUUUUCCUCCUCCAAUUCCUACAUCGCAAAUCAGCUUUUUGGUCCGUUCGUCUCUGGCCCGUCGCAACAGACACACCUCUCACUACACAACCCCGAAUACCACACAGACAGAUACAGACAUCCCGCCAUCCAUCAUGGGUCUGCUGGAAGAGCUCAACAUCAAGCCCGGUGUCAUCUACGGCGAUGACGUCCUGAAGCUGUUCACCUACGCCAAGGAGAAGGGCUUUGCCAUUCCCGCUUGCAACGUCACCUCCUCUUCCACCGCCGUUGCUGCCCUCGAGGCUGCCCGCGAGGCCAAGUCCCCCAUUGUUCUCCAGACCUCCCAGGGCGGUGCCGCCUACUUCGCCGGCAAGGCCAUCCCCAACUCUGCCGACAAGCAGGAGGCUUCCGUCGCCGGUGCCAUUGCUGCCGCCCACUACAUCCGCUCCAUUGCCCCCGUCUACGGCGUUCCCGUCGUCCUCCACUCCGACCACUGCGCCAAGAAGCUCCUGCCUUGGCUCGAUGGCAUGAUCUCCGCCGAUGAGGAGGAGUUCAAGCGCUCCGGCCACCCCCUCUUCUCCUCCCACAUGAUUGACCUUUCCGAGGAGGAGGUCGCCUACAACAUCGAGACCACCGCCAAGUACCUCAAGCGCUCUGCUCCCAUGAAGUUGUGGCUCGAGAUGGAGAUCGGAAUCACUGGUGGUGAGGAGGAUGGUGUCAACAACGAGGAUGUCGACAACAACUCUCUGUACACCCAGCCCGAGGAUAUCUACGCCAUCUACCAGGCUCUGUCCCCCAUCUCCCCCUACUUCUCCAUCGCUGCCGGUUUCGGUAACGUCCACGGUGUCUACAAGCCCGGCAACGUCAAGCUCCACCCCGAGCUGCUCGGAAAGCACCAGGAGUUCGUCGCUGCCAAGCUUGGCAAUGGCGACAAGAAGCCUGUCUUCUUCGUCUUCCACGGUGGCUCCGGCUCCGCUGUCGAGGAGUUCCAGAAGGCCAUCUCCUUCGGUGUCGUCAAGGUCAACAUCGACACCGACCUCCAGUGGGCUUACCUGUCUGGUAUCCGUGACUACGUCACCAAGAACAUUGACUACCUGAAGACCCAGGUCGGCAACCCCGAGGGUGACGACAAGCCCAACAAGAAGAAGUACGACCCCAGAGUCUGGGUCCGUGAGGGUGAGAAGGUCAUGAAGGACCGUGUCAAGCAGGCCCUGUUUGACUUCAAGGCCGACAACGUUUUGUAA